AUGGCCGGUAGAAACGCUAGAGUUGAUGCUCAGCUGAGGAAUUUGGUCCGAGUGACUACGAAUUUAGCUAGAAGACGUCCUUCGAGGAAGAAGUAUGUUGAUUGGUUUAAGAGGGUUAGUGAUAGUAAACUGCCUUCUUAUGAUGGGAAGGGUGAUCCUGUUAAGCUUGAGAGUUGGUUUAGGGAUUUUGAGAAGCUAUUUGAUGAUAUCCAAUGUCCAGAUAAUAGGAAGGUAGCUAUAGCUGCAUAUUACCUCAAGGAGGAAGCCGACUUUUGGUGGUCGCAACAUAAGGAGACGUUAAUGGCGAGGACUGACUUUGAUUGGAAGGCUUUCGGAGUAGCUAUGAACGAGAGAUUUUAUCCCAAUUUCUUGAGGAGGCAAAAGGCCACUGAGUUUGAUGAGUUGAAGCAAGGUAACAUGACUGUGGAGCAGUACUAUGAGAAUUUGUAG